CCAAUACGGUUUUUAGGGUCGCCCUCCGCCACCCCAGCCAAUCAGCUUCCGGGCAGCGCGACUGACUCCGGUAGCGUUUGCGUCACCUCAGCCGUCGGGAAGAUGGCGCAGAGGCUCGCGCUGAGGAGGUUUCUAUCCAUCUCCCCCCAAAAGCUCUCUGUGCUGCCUGUGUCGAUCCUCUCCAAGGUGUUGGCAGUACCAUGCUACCCUAGAUCACUUGUUCCUCUUACCCAGAUCACUGUGCCUGCUUCCGUUAGGACGUUUUCUACCACACCUGUCUACAGGGCCACCUUUAACAUCCAGGAUGGGUCUGACUUCCAGGACAGAGUUGUAAACAGCCAGAAGCCAGUGGUGGUAGAUUUUCAUGCACAGUGGUGCGGCCCCUGCAAGAUCUUGGGCCCCAGGUUAGAGAAGAUGGUGGCCAAGCAGCAUGGGAAGGUACUGAUGGCAAAAGUGGACAUUGAUGAUCACACAGACCUGGCCAUUGAAUAUGAGGUCUCAGCUGUGCCGACUGUGCUGGCUAUGAAGAACGGAGAUGUUGUGGAUAAGUUUGUGGGGAUAAAGGAUGAGGAUCAGCUGGAGGCCUUCCUUAAGAAACUCAUUGGAGCCUGAACAAGAGAAACCUGCACCCAGGCCUCUGGAUUUGGUCGUGUUGCGUGCUCUCUUGCCAGGGGAGGCGUGAAGCAAAACUGAACUGCCUUGUAGAACCUGUCCCCUUUUUGUGUGUGGGUGUGUCCCACCUUCUCCUGGGCAGCAGUAGUUCUGAGCAGUUCUGAGGGAUGGUAAGAAGUAAGGCCGCUCAUCCUCAAAGUGGGUGGGAGAAGCUGGAACUGGGCUUCCAUCUGUCUGCAAAGAACUGGCAGUGGGAAAAGCGGGAUGGCUGCUGAAUUAGAGGUGUGUUUAUCAGUGUCUGUCCUAUCCAGACCCAGAGCAGUGGGUGCAGGAUGUGGACAUUUAUUUGCUCUGGGUGGGUUUGUUAAAAUCGGGGAUUGCUCUGCUUCAUCCAUGAUACCUGCAUCCUUGUCCUCAUGUUGCUGGGACAAAUAUGAAUCCUCUGUGGCUCUUUGAGCCUAUGCCACACUCUCUCCUGCUGCUGAUUUAUGAAGAGAAACAUUUUUGGGGGGUCGGGUUUGUAUGUCUGUAAUAAAGAGAACUUUAUUAAUCA